AUGGCAGACCAGGAGAUCAAAAACAUCACGCCGGAAUCCCUCCCCAAGCUUCUGGAGCACGACUCCUGCGUCAAGCUCGCCGGCAUCGACGUCGACGGCAUCCUCCGCGGCAAGCUCGUCUCCAAGUCCAAGUUCCUGUCCGUCGCCGAGUCCGGCUUCGGCUUCUGCUCCGUCAUCUUCGGCUGGGACAUGCACGACAAGACCUACCUCCGCGAGCUCAAGGUGUCCAAUGCCGAGAACGGGUACCGCGACAUGCUGGCCGUCCCGGACCUGACCACCUUCCGUCGCGUCCCCUGGGAGAACAACGUGCCCUUCUUCCUCGUCGACUUCUUUGACCCCAAUACCAAGGAGCCCAUUGCCGCUUGCUCGAGGGGUCUCUUGAGGAUGCAGCUGGAAAAGCUGCAGGCCAAGGGUUACGGCGCAAUGGCCGGCGCCGAGUACGAGUUCUACACCUUUCGCAACCCCCAGAGCGACUCGGCCUCGCCGGCAUCCUUCCUCCAGCAGAACCCGCCUCACCUGCUCCCCUCCCUGACAGAAGGCAUGUUCGGGUACAGCCUCAACCGCCCCGUCCACAACAAAGACUGGUACUACGACGUGUACAACACCUGCGCCAGGUUCCGCUGCGACAUUGAAGGAUGGCACACCGAGUCCGGCCCGGGCGUCUACGAAGCCGCCCUCGAGUUCGGCCCCGUGUCGCAAAUGGCCGACCGCGCCAGCCUCUUCAAGUACGUCGUCAAGUCCGUCGGCAUCGGCCACGGCAUCACGCCCUGCUUCAUGGCCAAGCCGCGCCAGGGCCUGCCCGGCAACAGCGGCCACAUGCACAUCUCCCUCGUCGACGCGCGCGGCAAGAACCUCUUUGCCCGGGACGCCCCGGACCCGCACGCCCCGUGGCCCGACGUCGCCGCCCUCUCCGACCUGGGCCGCCACUUCCUCGCCGGCCUGCUCGCCGGCCUCCCCGACGUCAUGCCCAUGCUCGCCCCCACCGUCAACUCGUACAAGCGCCUCGUCGAGAACUUCUGGGCCCCCGUCACCGUGUCGUGGGGGCUGGAGCACCGCGCCGCCUCCAUCCGCCUCAUCUCCGCGCCCACGUCCAAGCCGUCCGCCACGAGGUUCGAGGUCCGCACCCCCGGCGCCGACUCGAACCCCCACCUCGUCCUCGCCGCCGUCCUCGGCUGCGGCUGGCGCGGCGUCGACAAGAAGCUCGAGAUUGCCUGUCCGCCCCUGGCCAUGGGCCGCGACACCGGUGGCCCCAACGACAUGGGCGAGCGGCUGGCCAAGAGCUUGAAGGAGGCUACUGCGCGCUUCAUGCGCAAGGAGAGCGUUGCCCGCGAGAUUUUCGGCGACGAUUUUGUCGAUCAUUUCGGCGGCACCAGGGAGAAUGAGGUGCGGUUGUUUGACGAGGCUGUUACGGAUUGGGAAAUGAAGCGCUAUAUAGAAACGGUAUAA